AUGGAAGAAUGGCAAGGCGAAAGUGAAAUCAUCGCGCCUAUCAUGGGAAUGGAAGAAAGCCUUUCCACAAUGGCAGGAUUGGCGGAAGAAGUUGGAAGACACCUCUUGAAAACGCAAAUCAAUAGAGGAAAAACGACCAUGGACGGGUCCUACUACCUCUCUCGCUUUGCAUCUCUUAGCGGAGACAUGAGGUGGACGCUACACACGUCAUUCCGCAAGCACAGUCGUCAAAGUGCUGGCCAAGAGAGCGGCAUGGCGAUUUUUGACACAGCAAUUCUUAUGGAAUGUGGAGCGCAGGUAUUCAGGGUCAGCGAUCUGCUCCUUUUCCUUGGCAAGCAACCUCGAUACGGCGGCUCUGCUAUCACAGAAUUGGCGAAGGUCUGGGCUACGAAUGCCGAUGAAUAUAUCUGUUGGGACGUGAUCCCAAAGCAGGCGCUUGUCAAUUUCAUUUCAUGCGAUACCAUGACUGAUGGCCUUGCGCCCGAACGCAUGUUUUUGAGGUCUGAAUUCAGGGAAACUCAGUCAUUGGCUCUCUUUAAGCAAAAAGAUCGGGUUCUACUAUCGCCCGACGACUACGUUUGCCGAAUAUCCUUAUUCUUAUGCGAUAUUAUGCGUGAAAUAUCUCCAACCACUAAAGGUGUCCACUUGAUUGAACACCUGUUUGCUACCCUGCAUGAUCCCUACCCUUGGGGGUAUCAUGUUGCCGGCGAUAAAAAUUACAUGGAGAGAAAGUUAUUGGCUGUGGUUAACGCGGAGUACUCAUGUGGAAUUGGCUCAUGGAUGUUCAGCGGCAAAUUUUCUAUCGAUCUGCAGCAUUGCGAAGAUUUGCGAAAGGAGUAUUUACUCAAAGCGGAAAGAUUGCUUGCUGAGUUUAACAUGCAUUGA